GUGAGCGUGGGGCCAGCCAGCGAGCGAGAGAGCCGGAGAGAGGCAGAGAGAGGCAGAGAGAGCGGCUCGGCUCCCAGCUCCGAGCAGCGCAGCGCCCGCCCGGCUCUCCCCGGCCACCGCCGCCACCACCGCACCUCAGCACCGCCACCUCGGCCGCCGCCCCCGCCCACCCCGGCCCUCCCCGGCUGCUGCUCCCCGGCGGAGGCAAGAGGUGGUUGGGGGGGACCAUGGCUGACGUUUACCCGGCCAACGACUCCACGGCGUCUCAGGACGUGGCCAACCGCUUCGCCCGCAAAGGGGCGCUGAGGCAGAAGAACGUGCACGAGGUGAAAGACCACAAAUUCAUCGCCCGCUUCUUCAAGCAACCCACCUUCUGCAGCCACUGCACCGACUUCAUCUGGGGGUUUGGGAAACAAGGCUUCCAGUGCCAAGUUUGCUGUUUUGUGGUUCACAAGAGGUGCCAUGAGUUCGUCACUUUCUCUUGUCCAGGUGCGGAUAAGGGACCCGACACUGAUGACCCCAGGAGCAAGCACAAGUUCAAAAUCCACACGUACGGAAGCCCUACCUUCUGUGAUCACUGUGGCUCCCUGCUCUAUGGACUCAUCCACCAAGGGAUGAAAUGUGACACCUGCGACAUGAAUGUUCACAAGCAGUGUGUGAUCAAUGUCCCUAGCCUCUGCGGAAUGGAUCACACAGAGAAGAGGGGGCGGAUUUAUCUGAAGGCCGAGGUCACCGAUGAAAAGCUCCACGUUACGGUACGAGAUGCAAAAAAUCUAAUCCCUAUGGAUCCAAAUGGGCUUUCGGAUCCUUAUGUGAAGCUGAAACUUAUUCCUGACCCCAAGAAUGAGAGCAAACAGAAAACCAAAACCAUCCGCUCCACACUGAACCCUCAGUGGAACGAGUCCUUCACGUUCAAAUUAAAACCUUCAGACAAAGACCGGCGACUGUCUGUAGAAAUCUGGGACUGGGAUCGGACGACACGGAAUGACUUCAUGGGGUCCCUUUCUUUUGGUGUCUCAGAGCUGAUGAAGAUGCCAGCCAGUGGAUGGUACAAGUUGCUCAACCAAGAAGAGGGCGAAUACUACAAUGUGCCCAUUCCAGAAGGAGAUGAAGAAGGCAACAUGGAACUCAGGCAGAAGUUUGAGAAAGCCAAGCUGGGCCCCGCUGGUAACAAAGUCAUCACCCCUUCAGAAGACAGGAAGCAACCAUCCAACAACCUGGACAGAGUGAAACUCACAGACUUCAACUUCCUCAUGGUGCUGGGGAAGGGGAGUUUUGGAAAGGUGAUGCUUGCUGACAGGAAGGGAACUGAGGAACUGUACGCCAUCAAGAUCCUGAAGAAGGAUGUGGUGAUCCAGGAUGAUGACGUGGAAUGCACCAUGGUGGAGAAGCGGGUUCUAGCCCUGCUCGACAAGCCCCCAUUCCUGACACAGCUGCACUCCUGCUUCCAGACAGUGGACCGGCUGUACUUCGUCAUGGAAUAUGUCAACGGCGGGGACCUCAUGUACCACAUCCAGCAAGUCGGAAAGUUUAAGGAGCCGCAAGCAGUAUUCUACGCAGCCGAGAUCUCCAUCGGAUUAUUCUUUCUUCAUAAAAGAGGAAUCAUUUACAGGGAUCUAAAGCUGGACAACGUCAUGCUGGACUCAGAAGGGCAUAUCAAAAUCGCUGACUUUGGGAUGUGCAAGGAACACAUGAUGGACGGAGUCACGACCAGGACCUUCUGUGGGACUCCAGAUUACAUUGCUCCAGAGAUAAUCGCCUAUCAGCCGUACGGAAAGUCUGUGGACUGGUGGGCGUAUGGCGUGCUGCUGUAUGAGAUGCUAGCUGGGCAGCCUCCGUUUGACGGGGAAGAUGAAGAUGAACUGUUUCAGUCUAUAAUGGAGCACAACGUGUCCUACCCCAAAUCCUUGUCCAAGGAAGCUGUCUCCAUCUGCAAAGGACUUAUGACCAAACACCCUGCCAAGCGGCUGGGCUGCGGGCCCGAGGGAGAGAGGGAUGUCAGAGAACAUGCCUUCUUCAGGAGGAUUGACUGGGAGAAGUUGGAGAACAGGGAGAUCCAACCGCCAUUCAAGCCCAAAGUGUGCGGCAAAGGAGCAGAAAACUUUGACAAGUUCUUCACACGAGGGCAGCCUGUCUUAACACCACCAGACCAGCUGGUCAUCGCUAAUAUAGACCAGUCUGAUUUUGAAGGGUUCUCGUAUGUCAACCCCCAGUUUGUGCACCCAAUCUUGCAGAGUGCGGUAUGAAAUUCAAAAAUGAAAGAUGAAAUGCCUCCCCAGCCCCCAGCCUCCCCAGCAGUGGGAAGUGAUCCUUAACCAUAAAAUUUUAAGGCUAUGGCCUUGAAUUUUGUUCCACACAGAGGCCUGAAAAUUCUAGGGACAUUAGUCCAUAAGUGAUCAACUUUCUUCCCUACCCCCCAACCAGAAACAUUAUCUUAGUGGAUGAUGACAUAAUGUACAGAGUAUAGAUUAAUUAUGUAGAAGUCACAUCUAGCUAAAAGUUAAUUCUUCCUAGAAAACAAAGAGACUUGGACCCUAUUUUUUGGUACAAUUUGAUAUAUUCUCCAUACCUUCAAUUUCUUGGAUUUUCACUAUCCAAAUCAACCAGAGAUAGUAAAGUGAAUUCACCCUAAUUCAAGGGAUGGAGACAUUUCCACCCACGAUGUCUUUGGAAUGAAAGAACAAGAAUCCCAAAGAGAAAGCAAAGAGAGGUUGAGGACUCAUAUAUUCAAGAACCCAUUGCUUUUAUUCUCUACUUCAAUGGAAACAGUCCCUAGAGUCUGAGAGGGCAGGAUGAACCCGAUCACUGUUCCCAGUUAUCAUAGCACAAGCAUAGUGCAUAGUGUAAGAAUGAAAGAAAACUUCAGACAAAUAUUCAUUGAAUCUAUCAUCUGUAUUCCCCUGCUUGGUUGAUAACUAUCUUGAUAACUCAUUCUUUUUAAGAGGCCAAAUUGUCUAAGGACUUUGCUAAACAAAACAUGUAAAAUCAUUUCAGAUCAAGGAUAAAUCAUGUGUAUGUUCAUUUUAAUCUCUGGGAGAUGACUCUUCAAUCCAGGGUGCCAUCAGUAAUCAUGCCACUAUUUACGAGUGUUGUUAGCCAACCCCACACACACAAUAAUAUUUUGCUACCUUUGUGGGUACCCUUCCUAAGAAGCUGAAAUGUAUGUCCCCAUCCCCUUUUUUACUAUUUAUUUAAUAAGCUGCAGUGUCAUUUAUGGAAGUACAAUGUAUAGUAACUUAAUCAAAGUAUUGACUAGCAUCAGUCCCUAUAGAUUGAUUUUCCUCCUUUCUCUAGCCCUACAUCCACUUAGAGAUGAAAAAGAGUAUAGUUUGGGUUUCCACUCCCAGUUCCAAUUGAACGACACAUGUGGAGCUGUAGGAUCAAGAUACUUUAUGCUUAUAUCAGCUCAAAGAUGUUUUCUUGCUAGAAGGAUUUUAAUGUUUUAUGAGUGCAUCAUGCAAUGAAUUUUGCAUGUUUAUAAUAAACCUUAAUAACAAGUUAAUCUAUAUUAUUGAUAUAAUUGUAUCAAGUAUAAAGAGUAUUAUGAUAAUUUUUAUAAGACACAAUUGUGCUAUAUUUGUGACGCUCAUGUUUCCAGUCUGCUUUAAGAUUAAGUGUUAGCUUUAUUCAUUGCUGCUGGGCUCUCUCUUACCCGCUACCCCACAUACUAGCACUCUAUCAGAUAUAUUAAUUUUUUAAUGUAGAUGUAAUUUUAAAAAUGAAUGGCUACUUUACAUGUUUAACUAGGGUUUUACUAUAUAUGUGUACAUAUGUAUAUAUAUAUAUUUGAUUUUACCUGCAAACCCCGGUUUUGUUUGUGGGGAUUAUUUUUGAGAUGAGACUCUGUUAACUUCUUCAUGUUAUCCUCUGUUCAGGUUCCUCUACCACCCCACUUCUCUUGAGGACAGCUGGAAAUGUUUAAUUCCAGUAUUCCUGAUAUGUUCAUAUAUCUGUGGCAUUGUUACAGCACCUGGGCUGAACUCUGUGUGUGUGUGUGUGUGUGUGUCUGUCUGUCUGUCUGUCUGUCUGUCUGUCUGUCUAUCUGAUACUUUUCAGCCUAUGUCUUUGGGAACUCUAGGGAUGAAAGGGUGGGAGGAUUCCUUUCUGUGUGUACAUACGGACACACAAAAAUAUGUAGUCUGUCUUUCCAGAAUAACUCACUGUGUACUCCAGAACACACAGAAUCCUUGAGACAAACUUUGUCCCCAUGCCUGUGUAGAGCCAUCUCUGAAGCUGUUGCCAACAGACUCUCUUCAGAGGCACGCACUGUCUUAAAGCUGUUCCUAGAACAUUCCGGUCUUUGAAGAGCAUGUCUUUGGCCAAAUGCCUCCCAAUACAAGGUGUUUAGAAGAGGCAGGGUUCUUCAGCACAAAGGACAAGUGAAAAUGAAGUUCCUACCAGUCCUUAUAGAAGGCACCUCUCCUGAAAGCAUCUCACAGCUAAGCUCUCUUCUUUGUUACUCUCUACCUAUCUGCUUGACAGUCACAUACCCUGCAACCCACCAAGAGUCUUUGAGAUACUGAGCACAGGCAGUUCUGAGAACCCCUAAUCAGAAGGAGAUAUGGAGUGGAGAGUGGGCCAAACCAGAAAAGAGCAGUUUCUUCUGCAAUCUUUCAUGAAUUCUGGACUUCAGACCUUGAAAAGCAGGGGAGGGAGUCAUGUAUGGAUCUCAGAAGUCAAGCUCGUCAUCUUGGCAACCUAGCCUUAUCAAAAACUAUACCUGGUCAAACUGUGAAGGAAAUGGUGUAUACAUGAGCCCAGGAAGUGAAAGUGUUGUUCUUUCCAGUUGGUACAGCAACAGGAAGCUGAACCUCUCAAAGUAAGGGAAGCCACGGAGAAGAAGCACAGGGUUCAUAGAUAAUCCGUCCCCGAGGUGCCAAGCUGCCUGAUUCUCUCACGUCAGUAGCAGGCUUGGGUUCUUUAAACUGCCAGCACCCAGCUCCAAGUGAUUCAACUUCUCUAGAAAAUAGGUGCGAACCCUUGGAUGGCUAUCCACCGACAUUCCCAACGGGAGGAGGGAAAUAACAGAGCCCAGACCAGCAUUCGCUAAGGAACAGAAUGCUAGAGAACAAACUUAGGAGAGAUGAUAAGAAUUUAAGGGAGUGUUCACAGUGCUGCCUAUUCUGUACACUGCUGAGUGUUAAAUUCGGAUAAAGGCUCAUACUUUAAAGAUCUGGGCAGCAGAGACAGUUUUUACUACAAAACUAACUCAUGUGGAUGACCGUUAACAGCUGUUAGACAGGGUUCAUUGAUAAUAUUCUACAUCUCUGUCCCACUUCACAGACCUCGUGUGAAAUGGGGCUACAGGGAAACGUUUGCCAUUGAACUGAAGUAACCCCAUCAGAGGCCAGAGGCCAGAAUCACCAGGAGGGUGCCUUGAAGGGUUUAAUCCCCAGGGACUGCAGGAGUGGGGGUAGGGGAAACUAUUUAGAAAGCAUCUGCUCUCAGACUCUGCCUGCAUUGGCAGGGCCUGUGGAGGAGAACCUAGCACAAUCCAAAUCUCCACAGGACCCAUCAGGCUGUGACUCAGAAAAAUUCAUUGAAAUUGUUUUGUAUUAUAUUCCCCUGGAAGGUGGCAAAUGCUCAGCGGCAGCCCUUCCCUCUUCCACCACAGGCCAGUGGGCUGCUAGCUCUGCCUUCAGUGUAGCAUCAAAGUCACCUGGUGCUUGGGUUGAAUGGAAAGGGCUGGAGUAUGCUGCCAGGUGCAGCCCUGGGAGUUAAUGGCAGGCUCGCCUCCAGGCAGGAGCUAAUUCAGAAGGUAGAUGAGGAGCCCCAGGAGCUAAACCAAUUGCCUUUCACCCUCUCACCACUGUAGCCUAGUUUGAGCUAGUAGCCUUUUCUUUAAUUAUUAAUUUUGUUAGUAAUUUGAGAAAAUCAGGAGGCCAAGAGUUUUUUGGAAGGUUGGUCUUAGAUAGUCAUGUGAAAGAUUACCAGAGGCCAGUAUUAACCCUCAAGUGUUGUCACUCACAAGCUCCUCAGCAAAGCAUGGUUUCUCAGCAAAGCAUGGUAGCUUGCCAAGCCCAACAGAGCCACCCAUUAAUGUAUCACAAAGAGGAGGAAGCAGAAGUCAACAUCAUUAAAGAGCAGGGUUUGAGUGCACCCAGAAAGACAUGGAAGGUUGGCAGAGAGGAUGUAGUAUCUGUGUGGGCUUUCCACUGGUGCAAAUGGAAGUUACUCUCUGUCAGCCUUCAAAAUGAGUGAUUUUUUUUUUGGUCAGAUACAAUCUGUUGUUCCUUCUCAGACCAUCCCAACUGUAAGAAGUCCUUUGCCCUGGGCAGAGCCAGGCCAGCCAGCGGACCCUGGAAGCACUAAGUUCCAUCUUUAUCCCCCUGAUAAUUAUGACUGCUGAGACUAGGUCCAGAAGUCAUGAAAACAACCGACAGCAACCUGUCAGCUUCUGCUUAGCAGAAAAAAAUAGGAAGGGUUUGCACAGGGCUUUAUUUUCUCAAAUGCCUCCACGAGGCAACACCUCCUGACAGUCAUUUUCUCACCUUGGUCUUAUGAAAUCACCUAUUUCUUGUGUGUACAUGUCAUGCUGUUUCCUGUUUGUUUACAACCCCAGAAUGGCAGGGGUACCUGUCCCCACACCACGACUGAGCGUAUCAAACACUUAUGCUCAGGAGAUGCUUGCUGAGCCAGGGACCUGAAAGGAUGCUGACCAUGAGAGAUGGGGGGCAGGGGGGACACAAUAGCAAGGAACAAGACAGGUCCUCUGGUUAGCAGUGGGUCCACACUAGCAUGACAGUGUUAGGAAACUUGUUUUAAAAUAGUUCUCCAUGAGCUGCUGUUAAGAAACUGUGCUGAACAAUCAACACCCCUGCCACAUCUCACUGGUCCAGCGUAGCAAAUCUAGAAAAAGCUGUUAUUUUCUGUUGUUAGAAUAAUCCAGAAAAUCAGGAAAGGGUGCUUGAGGCAUGCACAGGCACAGUGUUCUAGAAACGGUGUCUACUGCUGUCCAAGUGAUGAUACAGUAAUGUUUAAAAAGCAUGGAUGGCUCAGCAGUCUGUGCCCCUCAUUCAUGUGGUCAGAUGUCAGUCAAUAAACAGAAGACACUCCAAGUCAUUAAGCAGCCUUACUGUGCCCCUCCCUGGAAGCCCAGAAGUUCCAAAGACUGUUUUUAGCCUAAAACAAGAAAUUAACUUAUUAACUCCAAUAGAAGACCUGGGUAUCCUGGGCUAUUUGUACUUUUUUAUAGAGGACUUUAAUAACUCAAUUCUUUUCAAGUGAGUUUUUAAAAUAAUAAAAAUUUCAUAAAAUUCCAAUUCCGCAGAGCCUACAGGAGGAUUUCACCCAGGUUGGAUAGAACACCCAAGAUCUGCAUCCCCAUGGCAGGACUUUCCCACGCCAGUGGGGUCUGGAGUCCACAUUGGAUUGGCUGCCCAAUGGUAUUCUCUCUCUUUCUUAGUAGACACUAAAGAUAGCCGCACAAGGUUUAGCUAUCUUUCAACUGUAGGGAUGAUGGCUUCAUAGCCCCCCCUUCCUGAUGCAGCCCUAGGAAAGCAUUCUUGGGGAUCUAGAGGACCCCACUCUGCACUGUAAGAGUCAGAGCAAGAAGGGCAUGUUUCUUCAACUCUGUCUCAAGUCCCCUCUGGUCCUUCAGUCUCUCACAUUGGAUAAAAGUGGAGAGAUGCCGUCUACGGAUUCUGCCCAUUGGGCAAUUCAAACCUACUAUCCCGGGAAGAGCCGGCAUUGACUGUGCCCGAGCAUCUGCUUCCAUUUUCAUGGCUGUGAGUAGACAGAACCCUACUUUUGAGAAUACACCUAUCUAGCCCACUUUGUAAGAACCCCUUUUUCUAAACUAUAACAAAAGGCGGCUUUGCACUUUCUGAUCAAACUACACUGUCUUUUGUCUCCUGCUUAACUUUAAGACUAUUCUGUGAUUGACGUUUAUAGAUUUUUGUUAAUAUUUUGCCUGAAAAAAUGUGACUCUCUCCUUGGGAGGUUUAGUAGACUAUUAAAAAUUAUACAUGAAGGUGGUUACUAUUUUGAGGCUAAAGGUUUUUCUAAGAAUCGACCUCCUAUCCUGACUAUGAGGGUUUUUCAGAAUACCUUUUAUAGAUGAUCAGAUGCAUUUGGAGUUGUUCCCACAUGAUUUCUGUUCUGUUUUAUGAAGAACGCACCAUGUUUAAACCUCUCAGUGAAAUAAAACACCAUGCAAAACCCCAGAUUGGUUUGAAGGAAGUAGUGAAGGUUUGGGCUGUUUCCCCAAACAGGCCUUUGCUGAUGAGCCAGGGGCUGUUGCACUGCUUGUUUGGUUACCUAGCAGGUGAGGUAGAUAUGUAAAUUACCGCCUAGCUUUCUUGGAUUUGUGUAACCUCUCGUCUCCGUUUGCAUGAUUCGCUCUGUUAGAUGCAUUCACUGUAGUUCGGAAGCAAGCGUGUAUGAAUAAAGAUACUGAUCACUGCUGA